UCAGGCUUCUGCAGGGGCAGCUAAGCAGGACCCACGGCUCAUGUGUCUGAUGGAUUCAUUCCAGUUGCUCUCACUGGCUGCCACAGCAGAUUAGCCUCCGUGCAACAGGAAGCUGGAGCUGAACCUCCUCUGUGCAACACUCUGCAAACAUGGCUGGUAAAAUUCAGAGUCUGACUGAGGAGGAGAGGACCCACCUACUCCCCCUGCUACGCAACGCUCAGUGGGUGGAAGUUGUGGGACGGGACGCCAUUUACAAAGAGUUGAUUUUUAAAGACUUUAAUCAGGCUUUUGGUUUCAUGUCCAGAGUGGCUUUACAAGCAGAGAAGAUGGACCAUCAUCCGGAGUGGUUCAAUAUCUAUAAUAAGGUCCAGAUCACUCUUAGCACACAUGACUGUGGGGGGCUGUCCCAGCGUGACAUCACUUUGGCCACCUUCAUUGACCAGGCAUCGCUGAUGUGACUAACACACAUUAUCAGUCAUUUCAACAGUGAAAACUGAAGUGCUGGAUGCCACAACUCUUCAUUUAUUCAUUCCAAUGAGAAAUCUCUGAAAAUGAGACCUGCAAAUCCAAAGAAUAUGAACCAAUUGCUGUCAGUGUAUUGUGAAUAACGUAGCUGUAGGUGUUAGACUGCAAGGGGUCCAAUGUGUUUAUAAAAAUAUGUAGUUGUUGGUUUUGUACUUGGUGAAUAAAUGAGAACGGUAAGGUAAAAUCAUAUUUAUACAGUAAAGUCUAAAGAAUUCAAGUAAUUUCUCAGCAACCAUUCCAGCUGUUAUAACAGAUAAGAUUCACAAUGGUACAUGUGUCUUUCUGCCACAACUAGUGUCUUCUGUGCCAAGUGUUUUUGUACUUUACUGUUAGUAAAUGUUAUUUUCUGUCAAACUGUCGUAACUGAAAAAUGACCAGGAAAGGAUCUUCUCAUCAGACUGAAUGCAUUUUAUUGAAAACACAACACUGUAAGACCAUCUGCUGUGGUGUACCUGUGUUAACUGCUCUGAGUGGAUUAAUAGUGUUUGCUAUGGAUCAUUUUCUGGGAGAAACCAGCAAUCGCUUCCUAACUUAAAAUAAAUCUGCUGAAUAAGGAUGCACUCUGACAUGAACAAAGAUUUAACAACAAUCUUUAAACCUUACAUGAUGAUAACGUGGCUACAGGGCUGGACAAAAGUCCUUACAAUAUAAUGCAAUCCAGUACUCCAAAACAAAUUAGUUGUGUUCUCUACAAAAUUAAACAUUUUGAGACCAAUGUAAGGUUGUAUUUGUUUGCAUUAUAUUUUAAGGUGUUUGUCUUGCUUUAUCCACCCUGUGUAUGUUUGAAAGACAGGGGAACCUCAACGAUGUCGCUUUUAUGAAACCAAUUUCCCUGAGGAUGUUAGAGAAAAUCUGCUAUGACGUCAUGAGUUCAAACCUCUGAAUGCACAGAGGUGAACGCUCAUUAUUGCUACAUAAUGUCACCGAACUGCAACGACACAAACCAGGACACAAUUUAGAUUUUAUCUGCAGACCUCUAAAGAAUCUGUUAGUGUGUAGUUGCUUUCAGUUAAUGCGAGGAAAUAAAGAGGAAUUUGCAUUAAAAGGUUUUAUUCAAAA